GCUUUAAAACCUGAAUUCGAUGCAUGGAAACCAUUACCAUCUAGUGCUGCUCACCAUCCCUCUUUUGCAGAAGCCGUAUCUCCACCUUCAAACCCAAGUCAAUUACAUCCAUCUGACCCAACAACGGUUCCUGUAACAUUUUUCCAAUCAUCAAAGAAGACUAAACAAUCAGAUUCUGAUGCUACUGAUGAAGCACCAAAACGCAAAAUCUUGUUGAAAAGGAAAAAUGCUGAACACCCAAGGAAAAACAGUGAAACUAGCCGCAUCGUUAGAAGAGAUAGUAGCAAUGUUGAAAGAAAUGUUGAAUCUGUCCAUGUUGCUGAAGAUCCUAAGUUGUUAUCAGAGGCUCAAACCAAAGAAAACGAAUCUGCAAUUGAAAUGGAGGAAGAAAAUGUUGAUGAUGUUCCUUUGAAAGAAGAAAAUGCAAAACCAUUGUCAGACAAAAAAUCAACUCCACCACAACAAGCCAACAUUCCAAAAGCUGAAGUUAGCGUGAACAAAUUUGGUAGAAAAGUGUACCAUAAUGCCUCCUAUGUGAAGAACAAACCUAAACCAACGGUGCCAGAACAAUCUAAAUCUGAUGAAACCAGUACAACUCCAGAAACCACUACAGAACCAAAAAGUGAGGAAUUGCAAAAAGAAUCAGAACCAUUAGCUGACACAACAAACUUCAGAGGUAGAGGUAGCGGACGUGCUAGAGGUAGGGGUAGAGGUAGGGGAAGAGGUCGUGGUAGUAUUAGAGGAGACGCUGCAUUCAGAUCAAGAAGGGAAGGCUCACAAGGUGAUGAACCUAGUAAUGGAGCUGAAGAGUCAGCCAAUGAAAAACCUUCAGCAGAACAAAAAAAGGAAUCUAAAGAGUCAGAAGAAUCCAAAACUGAUAUCACUGAUAGUGGAAAUGAGCUCAAUUCUUCAAAGCCUUCUCAGCGUUCAAGGGGCGGACGUGGAUAUCGUGGUUCUCGUGGAAGAGGUGGUUAUAAUCGUUCUACAAGAGGAAAAAGUGGCCUGUUUUUGAACGUUAGCCGUACUUUCAACAAUACGAAAGAAAGUAAACCAAGCGAGGAAUCUUAAUAAUUAAUUUUAUCAUAUUCACCCUUAUUUAAUAUAUGGCAGGCUACAUAUGUUUUCAACCUUUUUUAUUGUAGCUUCGAGAAUUUGGUAUUUCCACAUCUUCAACACCUUUUUCCCCCAAAAUCGUUAUUUUUGUAAGGCUUAACAUCCACACCAACUCAGCACAUAUAAAGCAUUCAAUUUCCCUUUAAGCUCAAUGCUAAAACCUACUUUCAUAAAUCUCCAGCCUUCAAGAUCAACAUCCUCACUUCAAACACUUCCGAAAAACCAAACAGAAAACACACAAUCCACAUCAUCACAAACAAACACAAC